AGCUUGAACAGUCGCGUGUAGUUGAUGUUUUCAUUUUCUUCUUUUUAAUAAUUCUUAAUUUUUUUGAAAAUUUUGAUGUUACUCUUAACACUUUUAAUUCUAAUUCUUCUUCUUUUUAAUUUUAUUUUAAUUCGUAAUAUUAUGUUCAAGCUAGACUAUUGUGUAAUUGUUUCGUUUCAUAUAUUAAUAUUUUUCAGGUCUUCCGCGUCUUCCGUGUCUUCCGCGUCUUCGGUAUAUUUCGUUUCUUGUUGCAGAUUGAUUUCAUUGUAAUCCCGAACGAUCGUAAGUCCCCUUUUCCUUAUUUUCUUUCCUUCUAUCUGUAUGUCUGUAAGGUGAGAAUUAUAUAUUUCAUGAAAGUAAGAUUAAAUGGAAAUAGUUGCCAUUUUCUUGUUCUUUUGACAUAAUCAAUUCGAACAAGAUUUUUACAUCUUUUUCUGAAAUUUUACAAUCAAGAAAAUAUAAUUUGUGCUACGUUCGGGAAUAAUUUGAUCUUUUUGGAUUGAAAUAUAUCCAUAUUGUGCACCUCUAUUAUAAGACCCGUUUUAUACGGUGAUUUGAUGGGUUUAUAUUCUGUCAUUCCUUAGGUACUUUUUCUAAUUAAAGGAGAUCACACGUGUAAAAUUGGUAAUCCAUUAGGGUUCUUUUGCGAUUGUUGAUGUGAACGGAAGCAAAAGAAACAUAGAUUUUUUUGCAUCGCAAAGAAACGCAGUUUCCUAGCUUUGUUUUGUCCACAGUAUUCGCAAUGUAUAAAUGGAAUAGUAACGCAUUUAAUGUUUAUAUUCUAUUUUGUUUUACCUUCCUCUAUAAUCGUGACGACGGGAGUAGAGGAAUUUCAACUAUCCUCGUGACGACAUAUCGGACGAGACGAGCAAUGUAAUCAAAUCAGCGUAAUUUCUAAUGUAAUUUAAAUAAUAUCGUUUCGUCAUUCGUAGGCUCUUCUUUUAUUAAGGAGUACGCCAUUAAAUAAUAUAUAAAUUAAACAAUUGCACAGUUUAAAAAUCUAUCUAUCAAAAAUCUUUAUUUUUCUUUAGCGAGGGCUUAGCUUAGUUAUAAGUUUAGCUAGGUAAUUUUAGAUUAAAAAGAGGAUAGGCGAUGAUUAGCACGUCUACCUCUUUUUCGGAGUUUCCAAAGGAAGGGUGGAUGGGCCCUGGGUGGAGUUAGGGCGAGUCACUAUUUGCAGCAACCUCCUCGCGGUGUGACUUGGGUAAUUUGUAUUACUAAUAUAUAACGGAGUAAAAAUGGUAGCUGGUCCUACAGAACAUGGUAUUCAAGCUGAUGUAAUAUUUGUAAUUGAAGGAACAGCUGUUAAUGGAGCAUAUCUCAAUGAUUUAAAAACAAAUUAUCUUACUCCCACACUUGAGUAUUUUAGUCAAGGUGGUAUUGAAGAUAGAGAAUAUGUUUCUGAGCAAAAUAGUACAACAUUAUAUGGAAUAGUAGUAUAUCAUGCUGCUGAUUGUUUACCAGCACCAUGUACAGAAACUUUUGGACCAUAUGCAAAUCCUCAUAAACUAUUACUUGUUUUAGAAAAAUUAGAAAUGGUUGGAGGAAAAGGUGAAUGUUUUGCAAAUAUUGGAGAAGGUCUUGCAACUGGGUUACAAUGUUUUGAAGACUUACAAUUACGACGUGAACCAAAUACAGCACCACAAAAACAUUGUAUUUUGAUUUGCAAUUCUCCUCCAUAUCAAACGGUUAUACAAGAAUCAUAUAAAUUUGCUGGGCAUACUAUAGAGCAAUUGGCCACACUUUAUCAAGAGAGAAACAUUAAUCUUUCAAUAUUAUCGCCACGAAAAAUACCUGCAUUAUUUAAAUUAUUUGAAAAAGCUGGAGGAGAUUUACAAUCAUCUCAAACUAAAAAUUAUGCUAAAGAUCCGCGACAUUUGGUUUUAUUACGCAAUUAUAAUUUAAAAGAAAGACCUGUCAGUCCUACAAUUGGUGGGGCUGUUCAUAAUACAUCAGGCACUGCUGCACAAAUUCCAUUAAGUCCGUUACAAAGCAACGAUAGUCCGAAUACAAAUCAAGUUCAACAGAGUAUUGCACAACCAACUCAAUCUCAAGGUCCUCCAUUUAGAAAUCCAACUCCUCAAAAUAUUAGUUCAGUUCAUCAAACAGUAGUACCAAUGGCAACUGCAAUGAAUGCUGGACGGCCUCCUUAUAAUCCUCAAAUAUCUGCUCCACCGACUUAUCAUCCUACAAAUGUAACAGCAAGGACAAGUCAUCCUAGAUGGAGACAGCACUUUGUACCACCUGGUACUACAGGUCCAACAAAUACACAAAGUAGUGCUUUAAUAGCACAAUUGAAUCAACCUCCACCUUCAAUCGGACUUAAUGUAACUCCUUUUGGAAGAAUGGAUGUGACUAAUAUCAAUGUCAUGGCUGCUAAUGCACAACAACAACAACAGCAGCAGCAGCAACAGCAACAACAAUUAACUCAACAACAACAAUUAAGAUUAACUCAACUACAACAAUUGCAGCAGCAACAACAACAGCAGCAACAGCAACAGCAACAACAACAAAAUGUCCAACAACAAGCUUCAAUGUCAAUAACAGCUCAACAAACCCAUGGACAAGCUGGACAGUUGACGGUAUCCUGUGUAAGUCAAUCAGUGCCCACUCAAGUGCCACAAACAGUUACUGCUUCUCAAACUCAGGCAUCUGUAUCUUCGGUAACUCAACAGCAGCAAGUAACUCAUCCUCAAACCCAAGGUACUGCUGGCACAGUAGGACCAGGGCCACAAAUUAGCACACCACGUGAAAGACAUACUAUAUGGCAAGGUAUUAUUGAAUGGGUUGAAAAAGCUAAAACAACUGCAGAUGCACAAAAACAAACUAGACAUCUUCCAUGUCAAGUUUCCGCGAAUUCCAAGGACGGAGAUCCAGAAUUGAAAGCUGAUACAUGGCCACAAAAAUUAAUUAUGCAGUUAAUGCCUAAACAAUUGAUAGGAAAUAUUGGUGGAUCUUAUUUAAAAAACUCUAAAUCCGUUCUAUUUCAUCCAACACCUUGUGAAGCAUUGGAAUCCUUGACAAAAGUCAUGAAUUCUGGAUUUGCGGGUUGUGUCCAUUUUACUUUUUUGCAAGCAACAACAGCUUGCGACAUAAAAAUACUUAUCCUUCUUUAUACAGCAGAAAGAAGAACAUAUCUAGGAUUCAUUCCAAAUGAUCAAACAGGUUUUGUAGAUCGCCUUCGUAAAGUAAUUCAACAACAAAAAACGUCGCACGCUUCUAUGAGACAAGGACAAGCUGGAGCUGCUCAAGGAAAUGCAAUAGCUGGUCCAAUGCCUUCUACAGGUACAUCACAAGGAGGUAUUCUUAUGUCUCAAACAAAUACUAUGGCUAUGGGAGGAGGACAAAUAACUCAGAAUGUAGUCUCUACAAAUGCUCCACAGCAAACGUUAAGUUCAUCUGCUGGUCCUCAAAAUCAAUUAAAUAUGCAGAGUGGUGGUAUUACUGGUCCUCAAGUGGCUCCAGCCUCUGGUACGAUGAUAGGACAACAAAGACCACCAUUUGAUGACAUAGAACUAGCUAGGCAUCAAAAUUUAUUAAAAAUUCAACAACUACGGCAAACGUUAGAAGCUGCGCAGCAACAGGAGGCGCAAUAUAAAUCACAACUGGAAAUAAAUAUUCAACAGAAUCUAGAAGUAGCACAGCAACAGGAAAUGCAAUAUAAACAACAGUUGGAGGCUCAGCAAGCCCAAAGAGCAUUAAAUCCUGCUGGUAUGACGAAUCAACAAGCAAAUGCUCCAAGAUUGAUGAGGCCUGUUUCGAAUAUUGGUCUUAGACAUUUAUUACAACAACCACAACCACCGUAUAGACAAGUAAUUGGAUUACAGCAACAAAUGGUUGGUCCUAGAGGUCAGAUGACAACAAGACCUAUGGCUCCUGGUAAUCCACAAAAUCAACAAUUUGAGGAUGUUCCUAAUUAUGACGUCUUUGGAUAA